AUGGACUUGGUAAUGAAGCUGAAUAUCAUACUGAUAAUAGUUUUUCUAAAACUAUUUCUAAUUCAUUUAACAUCUACUGAACCAGUAAUAUAUGGUAUACUUCCAGAUAGUUAUAAUUCUAUAACAGAUCAUAUUAUUGUACUUCAAUCUAAUAAAGCUAUUCAUUUAAGUAUUUUUGGUUUAAAUAUGGAUUAUAUUAGUCAUAUUGCAUUUGCUUCAAUAAAAAAAUUGCCUAAUUCAUCAUGUGAACAUGAACGAGUUACUAGUUCAUUUAAUGUUAUACCAGAAAAUUCUUUUAUUACUACAAGUGUAAUCAAAUAUAAUUUACAAAAUUAUACAAAUAUUGAUGGUAAAUGGAUAUUUCCUAAUGGAAUUGGAUCAGAUUAUAGAUUAUCAUUUCGAACAACAAGUGCUCUUAUGCCAUUCUGGUUACAAAUCAUUUUAAUUAUAUUAUUAUUUUUUCUUUCUGGAUUAUUUAGUGGUCUUAAUCUUGGUUUAAUGUCUCUUGAUAAAACAGAAUUAAAGAUUAUUGAAAGUGCUGGUUCAUAUACAGAGAAAAGUUAUGCUAAAGCUAUUCGACCUGUUCGUGAAAAAGGAAAUCUUUUAUUAUGUACAUUAUUGUUAGGUAAUGUUCUUGUAAAUACAUCAUUAACAAUUUUAAUGGAUGAUUUAACUGGAAGUGGUUUAUUUGCUGUUAUUGCAUCAACAAUUGGAAUUACUAUAUUUGGAGAGAUUAUGCCACAGGCUGUAUGCUCUAGACAUGGUUUAGCUAUUGGAGCAAAAACACUUUGGUUAACUAAAAUGUUUAUGUUAUUCACAUUCCCGAUUGCAUUUCCUAUAAGUUUUGUAUUGGAUAAAAUACUUGGUGAAGAAAUUGGUCAAGUAUAUAGUAGAGAAAAGCUUGGAGUACUUAUACGUGAACAAGCAUUGGCUGGAACAGUAGCCACAGAUGAAAUGAACAUUAUUACCGGUGCUUUAGCUUUAACCACUAAAACGGUUGCAGAUGUUAUGACUCCAUUAUCUGAUGCUUUCAUGUUAUCAUAUUCAGCAAUUUUAGACUUUCAUACAAUGAAUGAAAUCUUUUCACAUGGUUAUACACGAAUACCUGUUUAUGAAAAUGAUCGACAAAAUAUUCGAGCUGUUUUAAAUGUAAAAGAUUUAGCCUUUAUUAAUACAGAGGAUAAAGUUCCAGUAUCUACAGUAUGCGAUUUUUAUAAUCGUUCAAUUAUUAUUGUAUUGGAUACAACUAAUUUGGGGAUUAUGCUUAAAGAAUUUCGUCAAGGAAGAGCUCAUAUGGCAUUUGUUGAACGUUUAGUAACAGAAGGUGAAUGUGACCCUUACAGAGAAAUGAUUGGUUUAGUCACUUUAGAAGAUGUAAUUGAAGAGAUUAUUCAAGCUGAAAUUGUCGAUGAAACAGAUAUUUUGACUGAUAAUGUUCAUCAUCAGGUUCGACAAGUGCGUAAACGAGAUUUUCGAAUGUUUGGUCUUCAUGACUAUCAGGGUAAAUCAAGAUUGUCUCCUCAGUUGAAGAUUGCAGCUUUAAGACACCUAACUUCAAAUGUAGACUCGUUUCAUGAAAAUUAUAUUUGCUACUCUGUGUUACAAAGUUUUUUGAAUGCAAACAUUGUUGCUGAAUGUUUUUACAAUGCAAAAGACGAAGAAGGCAAUACUCUUUAUCAUAGUGGUCAAUGGGCAAAUUAUGCUAUUCUUUUACUUCAAGGUCGUGCAAUUGUUGAAAUUGGUGCUGAAGGAUUAAUUUUUGAGGCUGGACCCUUUGUUAUGUUUGGUGAAACUGUUCUGAAACGUGUCAAUGAAUUAUUUCCUAAUCUGUCUGAUAACAUGGAUCCAUCAAUUCAAUCAGUACGUUUAGCUUCUGAAGCACGAUUUCUACCUGAUUAUAAUUUAAAAGCAUGUACUAAUUUACAGUAUUUGAAAAUCUCAGCUGAACAUUAUCUACUGGCUAGACGUUUAAGUGUCUUACAUCAACGUGCUACUUUACCUGGUGAUGCUCUUGGUAAGUAUUCUAUCAGCUUAUCAGAGAAAUUCAAUGAGACUAAAUCAUUCAGUAAUAUUGCUGGUAUGAUUGGCUCAAAUUCAGUUGAUGGUCAUGAUAUGUAUCAAAAUGCUUGGAAUCGUCAUAUUGAUCGUUUACAAAAGUCAUCAUUGACUACAGCCUUUUCUUCAAUUAACAAUACUGUUGCUGCUUCUACUGAUGAUGGUAUGGAUCAUAUGAAUAAUGAUAAAAAUUUGAAUAAUAAUAUUACAACUAUUUCUACUGUUACUAUCACUACCACUACGACGACAAUAACUCCUACUACUUGUAUACCAAAUACAUCGUGUACUAUCAGUCAGUCGAAUACUGUACUAAGUGAUAAUAAUCAUAAUAGUACUAAUAACGCUAUAAUGAAUAAUACUAAUUGUACAAAUAAUUCUAAAUCAUUAUCUAAACAUUAUGUAGCUUAUGAAGAUAUGAAUUCAGCUAAACCUGAAGAAUUACAAGCAUUUGUACCGUCUAGUUUACCUUCAAAUAAUAUUAUUAUCCCAUCAACUAAUCGUACGGAUGGAGUGACAAAUGUGUAA